UCCCAGCUUCCGGGGUAAACGGAAGACAGCAGAACAGGAGGAGAAGGAGAAAGAAGUGUGCAGGACGCUAAUAAGUCAGUCUUAUUAUUUGUUAUCCAGUUUAUAAUAUUUACGUCGUAUAAAAUACAUAUGUGAUUCUUUAUUUAAGGAUAAAGUGGUCUCGAUGCGCUAGAAGCACUGUGCCGCAUCUCGUGCUAUCUUUGCUUGUUAUCUUUGCUUGUUAGUUAGCUUAGCUGGCUAGUUAGCUUAGCUUGUUAGCUGCUAACAAAGAGACGAGGACGUUAUCAACACAUCGCUAAGUAGAGAUCAAGUGUGAGAGUAAAGUGUUGUGAUUGUGUGAAAAUGUGCCAAAGAACCAUAGCAAAGUAUGAGGAGGAACUUUGUCCAACAAAAGAGGAGAAGGAGCGACAACAUCAACUACUGGACGCUGUUUUCAAGAAACAUCAAGUUGUGUUACACAGAACAGACCUCGAUGAAGCACAUCGUCCUGGUGAGCAGGAGGAGGAACGACAGUCCCCCCAUUUACACGAGGAAGAAGAGGUACCACAUUCCCAACACAUCAAAGAGGGAGGAGAGGAGCCACAGCCCCCCCACAUUAAAGAGGAAGACGAGACGCCACAGACCCAUAAUGUUAAACUGACCCUUCACAUUAAAGGGCAAGCGGAGGACCCACUGAUCUUACACAUCAAAAAGGAAGAGGAAGACCUACUGACUCCUUACUUUAAGGAGCAAGAGAACCCGCUGACCCCCUACUAUAAAAAGGAAGAGGAGGACCCACUAACCCCCUACGUUAAAGUGGAAGAGGAGGAGCAAGAUCUGCCGCACAUUAAAGAGGAAGAGGAGGACCAAGAGCCGCCGCACAUUAAAGAGGAAGAGGAGGAAGAGGGCAUCAGUCAGCCUAAAUGGUUGGAGGAGUUCCCAGUGACUGGUGUCCCUGUGAAGAGUGAAGAUGAUGAGGUGAAAGGUGAAAGUGAGGAGAGGGGAGGGGGGGAGCCUCCAAGCAGCAGCUCAACACAACACAUGACAACAGAAGCUGAUGGAGACCACUGUGGAGGAUCACAAGCAGACAAGCUCUUAGCUCCACUAUCAGAUAGUGAGGACACAACGUCACACUCUCCUGACACUGAUGAUGAAGACUCUAAAGAUGAUAAGACAUGUCACACUGACAACACUCACUUCACAUCUUCUCUCUGUCACAAAACUUUUAAAUACCAUUGUAGUCUGAAAAGACACAUGAGAACACACACUGGAGAAAAACCUUUUUCUUGUUCACUCUGCAGUAAAGGUUUUAGACAAAGUAUCAAUUUGAAAGUACACAUGAGAACACACACUGGUGAAAAACGUUUUUCCUGUUCAACCUGUGGUAAAGGUUUUACACAAAGUCAGAGUUUGAAAAGACAUAUUAGAACACACACUAGAGAAAAACCUUUUUCUUGUUCACUCUGUAGUAAAGGUUUUACACAAAGUAUCAAUUUGAAGGUACACAUGAGAACACACACCGGUGAAAAACCUUUUUCCUGUUCAAUCUGUGGUAAAGGUUUUAGAGAAAGUCAACAUUUGAAAAGACACAAGAGAACACACACUGGUGAAAAACCUUUUUCCUGUUCUACCUGUGGUAAAGGUUUUGUUGAAAGUCAGAGUUUGAAAGUACACAUGAGAACACACAAUGGUGAAAAACCUUUUUCUUGUUCAAUCUGUGGUAAAGGUUUUGCACAAAAUCAGAGUUUGAAAAGACACAUGAGAACACACACUGGAGAAAAACCUUUUUCCUGUUCAAUCUGUGGUAAAGGCUUUGUUAAAAGUCAGGGUUUGAAAGUACACAUGAGAACACACAUUGGUGAAAAACCUUUCUCCUGUUCAAUCUGUGGUAAAUGCUUUGCACAAAGUCAACAUUUGAAAAGACACAACAGAACACACAGUGGUGAAAAAUCACAUUCCUGCUGAAUCUGCAACAGAAGCUUUUGUUGACGAUCAACCCUUGUAGCACACAUGAGAAGACACCCAGGAGAGAAAGUGUUGAGUUGCAGUGUGUGUGGUGAAAGAUUGUCUUCUAAGUACCAGUGUAAGAAACACAAGUGUGCUGGUGAGAACAGCAGCAGCAAAGGAAACUGCAGGAUUUGAAAUAAACUGUCCAGACUUUCAUUUUGACUUUCUAACAACAUCAGCACAUAUAACAUGUGUGACAUUGUUGUUUGUCUAACAAUCUGUUUAAUAUGAUCUUUACAUUUAUAGAUUAGACAUUUUAUAUUAAUGCUUUUUUCAGUCAAGUACAUGUAUUAAUAUGCAACAUUGUGUACUUUUGUUAAAAAAUGGACAGAACAAUUUGAGUAAAAAAGUGAGAGUAAACAGUAAAAUACAUAUUUUACAUGCAAUAAACAUGUGUGUAUGUAUACACAUACACACACACACUCUCUCUCUCUCUCUCUCUCUCUCUCUCUAUAUAUAUAUAUAUAUAUAUAUAUAUAUAUAUAUAUAUAUAUAUACUGUAUAUUCAUCAUACAAUUUUAGACCUAUUUAUAUGAAAUAUUGAAGUAUUACAUAUUUGUAUUUGUAAUUGUUAAUAACCCCAUAGAUUGUCACCUUUAUAUGAUAUACAUAUGUACUGGUUCACAUCUGAAACAUCUUCUGGACCACUUCAGGAAGCAUAUUAUUAUUUACUUCAUACAUCAUUUGAACAGUUGUCUUUUAUACAAUUUUAAAAUAUGUGUCUCUUUGAAUCAUUUGUUGGGUCUCUAUAAUCUAUUUUAUUCAUUACCGUUAUUACUCUGUAUUAUGAUGAUUGUGUUGUGAUUAUUUUAUAUGUAUGUCCCCAGACCUUUAUGCAAUAUACAAGUGAGAGAAAAUGGCUGAGUUUUUGUGGAAGGAUGGGGUUGUUUUUACAAACUUACAUUUGUGGAUAAAUCAAAUAAAUCCAGUAUUGUGUUCUAAACAUUUU